UCUGCAUAUACAUAAUAUCAUAAGUGGGGUGAUUUGGAGUACGUCUUGCCGGCCUCCCAUCUGUCUGAAGUCUGAAAACUGAAUCGGAAGGCAUCGUUGACCCAAAAGCAGAUAAGUGGUGUUCAUAUUCUCAGGCCGUCUGAUAAUUUAGGUGACGGCUACCGGUGGAUCCGCUGCAGAAAAAUACGCUUCGAGUUCCAGAUCAUGCAAAUUCAUCUGAAUUGGAGAAGUUGAUUGAUUAGAUAACCGCUCAAAGCAACCAAGCCUACAUAGCCAAUUUCACCACUAAUUGUAGAAAAUUAUAUUACCGCCAUCUAUCAUGGAGCAUGUGGCUACUACAUCAACAAGUCGUAAUAAUGUAGACAGUGGAUGUACAAGGGAUUACACUAGUGAAUUCUUCACGACUGAGACAUUCAACAGCAAAGAAGAGUUAAUAAUCUGGGCCAAAAAUGUUGGGAAGGAGAAUGGUAUUACUAUUGUCGUGUUAAGAUCUGACAGUGGAAAAGGCAAAAAGAAACCUAGAGUUACUUUGGGUUGUGAAAGGAGCGGAAAAUGUGAUAGACGAAAUAGUAGUCCCCAAAAAAGUAAAACAGUUGAGUCUAAACGUCGACGUACCGGAACAAAGAAGUGUGAUUGUCCUUUCCGAUUAAGGGGUGAGAAGCUAGCUGCUGGUAAUGAAUGGGAGCUAACGGUAGAUGUUGGAAUUCAUAAUCAUGCAGCAGAACGCCCCGAGAGGGGCAAUUCAUUCCAGGGUAGAUUAUGUCAAGAGGAGAAGUCAGUGGUGAAGGAUAGGUAUAAAAGAGGGGAGAAGCCUAAGCAGAUAUUAAAAGCCCUAAAAGAGAGGGACAAACACAACAAAUCCACAGAGAGGACAAUAUACAAUGAACUUCGUAGUUUGAAGGAUAGAGCUACUGUUAAGGAUGAAUUGGAGGAUCAAAGUUUUGUAUUGCGACAAUUAAUGAGUAAGGUAGGGGAGUACGAUUACAUCGAGAAGCACAGAACUACUCCAACGAUCGACAUUAAUGUCUUGGACUUCUUUCUGACACAUCGCACUAGCAUCGAAUUGUUACGUGCAUUUCCAACUGUUUUGAGGAUAUACUUAAACCGGGAGAAUAGGUUUACGGACGUGCCGACGUGGGAGAGGGUAGAGUUUUCUGGAGUUACGUCAACUAAUAUGAUGUUUUAUGUUGCUUCGGCUAUCCUUUGUCCGCUACAAGGUUGUAGUUUUGAAUGGGCCUUAAAUUCAUUGCGAGGUGUAAUGGAUGAUAAUGGUAUUGUCAGGCCUGAUAUUGUAAUUUUCGACACCGAUAUGGAUACAUUAAUUUUGGGUAAUGAGACUCUCGACCGGUCCCAUCUCGACCCCACAAUAAAAGCCAUUAACAACGUCUUCGGUACGGCUAAACUUUUGUUUUCUACGGAUUGCAUUCGUUGCUCAGUGGUAGCGGGUGGCAAGUGGCACGGUGGUUCCCAGUUCUCCUUGGAUACGAGGUGGGAGUUAUUGAAAGAAUCCCCCACUGAAGCCGUUUUCGAACUACAUUUAAAUGAUUUAAAGCAGCUAUGCACCGAGCUAGGUGUGUAUCCGGAGCCAGUUAAAUAUGUUAUAGACACUUUCGUGCAGCCACAAAAGGAAAAAUUUAUUGCAGCAUGGACAGAUAAAGUUAUGCACUUUGGGAAUACAAAACGGGCGAUAAGCUGUUACUAUGGGACAUGGACAUGGCCAUCCCACUAUAUUUUGGAGUUUUAUUUAUUUUAUUAUUAUGGUCGUGUACUUGUAAAGCAGACAGAAAUCGACACAUGUUUGAAGGACAUGCAUAGUUACAAUGAGAAAACUCGCCUAGAAAUUGACGAUUCGUUUCUGGAAUCUUUAGUGAAUAAGUACACUAAUGGUGAAGAUGGGCUCAAGGAACUCCAUGGGGCCAUUUCCAUUUAUGCAUUGAACAUGAUCCGUGAGCAGACCAAGCUAGCCAAUGAGAUAGAUGAUGACCAUAGUGAGUGUGGUUAUGCUAUAAAACGUACCCAUGGCUUACCAUGUGCACAUGAAAUUGCCAAGUACAAGAGAGAAGGUCGACCUAUUCCACUUGAAUGCAUCAAUUCUUAUUGGAAGAAACUUCCCCGCUUGAAACCUUUGAGAAGGACCGGAGAGCCCAAUGUGUAUGAGACGCUGAAACGACCUAGGUUAAGUGAGGAGAUGAAUACAAAUGCUCAUUCUUCUCUAUCCUUACCUGGCACUGUGGAAUCUGAACGUAAUUCACCGAAUGCUUGUUUAUCGAGACAAGAGUCGCAGCCAGGGGAUGAGGUGUAUGACAUCCAACCGACUACGCAAUUUGAGUUUGGAGAUGUAUGUCAACAUUUAUUGGGGUCAUAUAUCCGUGAUGUAAAGGAUGUUCUAGGAGAUGGCCAUUGCGGUUUUAGAGCUAUAGCAUCAUUUAUGGGUUACGGUGAAGACUCUGGAUGGGUGAAAGUGCGGAAUGACUUAAGAAAUGAGCUUAUGCUUUACUCGGCUUACUAUGAACUACUCCUUGGGGAUCGAAGCGUUGUUAAUGAGCUACUUCAUAGAUUGAAGUAUGAUGAGAUUCCUUGUCCAGAGGAGCACUGGAUGCGCAUUCCCGACAUGGGGCAUGUUAUUGCGUCUUAUUAUAAUGUUGUACUCGUGCAUCUGUCUUCUGAUCAGUGCUUUACAUUCUUCCCAUUAAGAACUUACCCCUUUUCAACAUCACCACCUAAAGAGAUUGUUAUUGGAUUUGUCAGAGGACAUUUUGUGCAGGUAUAUUUGGAAGCAGGUCAUCCAAUGCCUCCACCUCCAGCCCGCACCAAAAAAUAUCAUGAUGUAGCAUCGGACUGGUGGGAAGAAUUUCACCUACAACGUUCCACAGAAUGGGCAAAUCUAUACUCCGGUCGCUUAGAGUAUUUCAAAUCCUCCUCCCAGCCCGAGAUCGUGUCACAAAAGAAUCCAAUUGUGCUUGAUUGAUUCUUUGCCUUCUGUAGACAAUAUGUAUUACUAUUUUGAUUCUUUGCAAGGCUCGGGAUUGAACCCUUAUCCCAUUUCCUAAUUACAGAAGUAUCAUAACUACAAGACGUGUAACUUGUUUGUUCUUCUUUGUUAGAAUUGCCCCGCAGCAUUGUUAUUGGAAAAUUUG